UGGCGACGUGUCGGCCAUCUUGUGUUGUUGAGGCUGAGGACUGACUUGGGUUCUGAGAGACUCCCUGUCCCGGACCGCAGAUUAUAGUGGGACCAGUCUCAUGAGAUUGAAUCUACUACAGCCUAUGUUGGUGUUAAUCCAGUGUUAAAAGGGCCCGAACAAAGUCUGCUCAAACCAUCUGCUGUGAACCAGCAGAACUUUUGAACAGGUUUCUCCACAUAUAAAAGUCUUGUAAACAUACCGAAAAGAAUGGCAGCGGAAACACAGACACUGAACUUUGGGCCUGAAUGGCUCCGAGCUCUGUCCAGUGGUGGGAGUAUUACAUCCCCUCCUCUUUCUCCAGCUUUGCCAAAGUAUAAAUUAGCAGACUAUCGUUAUGGCAGAGAAGAAAUGUUAGCACUUUUCCUUAAAGACAACAAGAUACCUUCAGACCUUCUGGAUAAAGAAUUUCUGCCUAUCCUGCAGGAGGAGCCUCUGCCACCGUUGGCUCUUGUACCCUUUACAGAAGAAGAACAGAGAAACUUUUCCAUGUCUGUAAAUAGUGCCGCUGUCCUGCGAUUGACAGGACGAGGAGGAGGAACAGUGGUGGGGGCUCCUAGAGGUCGAAGUUCUUCAAGAGGGCGAGGCAGAGGCAGAGGUGAAUGUGGUUUUUACCAAAGAAGCUUUGAUGAAGUAGAGGGUGUGUUUGGUCGAGGAGGUAGCAGGGAAAUGCAUAGGUCGCAGAGCUGGGAGGAAAGGGGUGACAGGCGUUUUGAAAAACCAGGACGAAAAGAUGUAGGGAGACCAAACUUUGAGGAAGGUGGACCAACAUCAGUGGGGAGGAAGCAUGAAUUUAUACGAUCAGAAAGUGACAAUUGGCGUAUUUUUAGAGAAGAACAAAACGGAGAAGAUGAAGAUGGAGGUUGGCGAUUAGCUGGAUCAAGAAGGGAUGGAGAGAGGUGGCGGCCUCAUAGUCCUGAUGGCCCUCGUUCUGCAGGCUGGCGGGAACACAUGGAACGACGGCGAAGGUUUGAGUUUGAUUUUCGAGAUCGGGAUGAAGAACGGGGUUACCGAAGGGUGCGCACUGGCAGUGGCAGCAUUGACGAUGACAGGGACAGCUUGCCUGAAUGGUGCUUAGAGGACGCCGAUGAAGAAAUGGGCACAUUUGACUCCUCUGGAGCAUUCCUCUCUCUAAAGAAAGUACAGAAAGAGCCUAUUCCAGAAGAGCAGGAGAUGGACUUCCGGCCUGUAGAGGAAGGGGAGGAGUGCUCUGACUCUGAGGGUAGCCAUAAUGAAGAAGCCAAAGAACCUGAUAAGGCAAAUAAGAAAGAGGGAGAGAAGACAGAGAGAAUAGGAGUUGAAGCUAGUGAGGAAACACCUCAAAUCUUAACAUCAUCUGCUAGACCAGGUACUCCUUCAGAUCAUCCAUCUCAGGAAGCACCACAGUUUGAGAGAAAAGAGGAACCCAGAACUGAGCAGACGGAAAAAACUGAAGAAGAGAGUCGGACGGAAAAUAGUCUGCCAACCAAAAUGCCCAGCAGAGGGGAUGAAAUGAUUCCUGACGUCCAGCAGCCCCUCCCUCAGAUUCCUUCAGACACAGCCUCUCCUCUCCUCAUACUUCCACCACCUCUUCCUAAUCCUAGUGCUGCCCUCCGGCCAGGUGAAACGCAGGUCGUAGGUGCUCCUGGUAUGGGCAGUAUUUCCACAGAGCCAGAUGAUGAAGAGGGUCUCAAGCAUUUGGAGCAGCAAGCUGAGAAGAUGGUGGCUUAUCUCCAAGACAGUGCACUAGAUGAUGAGAGACUGGCAUCAAAACUGCAAGAGCACAGAGCUAAGGGUGUCUCGGGUCCAUCAAUGCACGAAGCAAUGCAGAAGUGGUAUUACAAAGAUCCUCAGGGAGAAAUUCAGGGUCCCUUCAAUAAUCAGGAGAUGGCAGAAUGGUUUCAGGCGGGCUAUUUUACUAUGUCUUUAUUGGUGAAGAGAGCAUGUGAUGAAAGCUUCCAACCUCUUGGUGAUAUCAUGAAAAUGUGGGGAAGGGUUCCCUUCUCUUCCGGUCCUGCACCCCCUUCUCAUAUGGGAGAGUUGGACCAGGAGCGACUGACCAGGCAGCAGGAACUCACAGCCUUAUAUCAGAUGCAGCACCUUCAGUACCAGCAGUUCUUAAUACAACAACAGUAUGCACAGGUUUUGACUCAACAGCAGAAAGCAGCCCUCUCUUCCCAGCAGCAGCAACAGUUGGCACUUCUUCUCCAACAAUUCCAGGCUCUGAAGAUGAGAAUAUCUGAUCAGAGUGUCAUUUCCUCAGUAACUAGAUCUGUGUCAGUGCCAGACACUGGGUCUAUCUGGGAGCUUCAGCCAACAGCUUCACAGCCUACAGUUUGGGAAGGUAGUAGUGUAUGGGAUCUUCCCCUUGAUACGACAACUCCAGGACCUGCCCUUGAACAGCUUCAACAGAUGGAGAAGGCCAAAGCUGCAAAGCUAGAGCAGGAGAGAAGAGAGGCAGAAAUGAGGGCAAAACGGGAAGAGGAAGAGCGAAAGAGGCAAGAAGAACUCCGGAGACAGCAGGAGGAAAUUCUCCGAAGGCAGCAGGAGGAAGAAAGAAAAAGGCGGGAAGAAGAAGAACUUGCCCGAAGGAAGCAGGAAGAGGCCCUGCGACGCCAGAGGGAGCAAGAGAUUGCAUUAAGGCGACAGCGAGAAGAGGAAGAAAGGCAGCAGCAGGAAGAAGCUCUUAGGAGGCUGGAGGAGAGGAGAAGAGAAGAGGAAGAAAGGCGGAAGCAGGAAGAAUUGUUACGCAAGCAGGAAGAGGAGGCUGCAAAAUGGGCCCGAGAAGAAGAAGAAGCCCAGCGUCGAUUAGAGGAGAACCGGCUGCGAAUGGAAGAGGAGGCAGCCAGACUGCGGCAGGAGGAGGAAGAGAGGAAGAGGAAAGAGCUGGAGCUCCAGCGGCACAAGGAGUUGAUGCGCCAGCGGCAGCAGCAGCAGGAGGCUCUGCGGAGGCUGCAGCAGCAGCAGCAACAGCAGCAGCUGGCACAGAUGAAGCUUCCCUCUUCUUCAACGUGGGGUCAGCAGUCCAAUACAACAGCAUGUCAGUCCCAGGCAACGUUGUCAUUGGCUGAAAUCCAAAAACUGGAAGAGGAACGAGAACGGCAACUUCGGGAAGAGCAACAGAGGCGCCAGCAGAGGGAGCUGAUGAAGGCUCUGCAGCAACAGCAGCAGCAGCAACAGCAGCAGCAGCAGAAACUCUCAGGCUGGGGGAAUGUCAGCAAACCCGCAGGCACCACCAAGUCGCUCCUGGAGAUACAACAGGAGGAAGCCAGGCAAAUGCAGAAGCAGCAGCAGCAGCAGCAACACCAGCAACCAAACAGAGCCCGGAAUAGUACGCAUUCCAACCUGCACACCAGCAUUGGGAAUUCUGUUUGGGGCUCUAUAAAUACCGGUCCUUCCAACCAGUGGUCAUCUGACCUAGUUAGUAGUAUCUGGAGUAAUGCUGACACUAAAAACUCCAACAUGGGAUUCUGGGAUGAUGCAGUGAAAGAGGUGGGACCUAGGAACUCAACAAAUAAAAACAAAAAUAACGCCAGUCUCAGUAAAUCUGUAGGUGUGUCUAACCGGCAGAAUAAGAAAGUAGAAGAAGAAGAAAAGUUGCUGAAGCUCUUUCAGGGAGUAAAUAAAGCCCAAGAUGGAUUUACCCAAUGGUGUGAACAGAUGCUUCAUGCCCUUAAUACGGCAAAUAACUUGGAUGUUCCCACAUUUGUUUCUUUCCUGAAAGAAGUAGAAUCUCCUUAUGAGGUCCAUGAUUAUAUUAGGGCCUAUUUAGGAGACACCUCUGAGGCCAAGGAGUUUGCCAAGCAGUUCCUCGAGCGUCGUGCCAAACAGAAAGCCAGCCAGCGGCAGCAGCAGCAGCAGCAGCAGCCACAGCAGCAGCAGCAGCAGCAGCCACCACAGCAGGACUCCGUGUGGGGGAUGAACCACAGUGCACUCCAUUCAGUAUUUCAGACCAAUCAAAGCAACAACCAACAAUCCAAUUUUGAGGCCGUACAGAGUGGCAAGAAGAAGAAAAAACAGAAGAUGGUCCGAGCAGAUCCCAGUUUAUUAGGGUUUUCAGUCAAUGCUUCAUCAGAGCGACUCAAUAUGGGUGAAAUCGAAACUUUGGAUGACUACUGAGCACCUGCCAGUGGACUGGCCUUCCCUCUCCUCUCUGCUGACCAUGGAUUCUUCACCUUUGGACACAACACUUACCAUUUACUCUUAUCACUCUGCAACAAAUCACAGAAUCCAUCAUCUCAGGCUUUCUCUUCUAGCCUUUUGUGUCCAAGAUCCUUUAAACCAUUUCUGUUGGUGAGCAUCUCAGACUGUAGAUAAGUGGACCAGACCCUGUGUCUCGGGGGUGGCAGUUGGGAUUACUCUCCAACAAGGCUGAUUUUGGGCAGCACGUGUUUACUGUGCCGUGAUUUCAUCUACUGUCUCCCAGAAAGUGUGUUGGGAUCUGCCAAUAGCAAUUUUACUUUCUCUUGUCAUUUUUUUUCCUUUUGUUUUUCUUCUUCAUUUUAUUCCCCCAAUAAGGGCAAGGGGUCUACUGGUGCAAUCAUGAAGAGAGUUAAUGGUAACAGACAUUGGCCAGCUACAAAACGCCCAUGGACCAUGACUGAGUGUCCGACAGAGACAGUCAGCGCUCUGCAGUCUGAAGGUCACAUUGCUAACUUUGGGAUUGCAUCAAAGAGGCCCUGAGUCGGGUGGAGUUUAGAUUGGAUUAGUUUGAUGUUACACACCCCUCGCCUGUUCUUUCUGAGCAUCCUUUCGGAGGAAGGAUUCAUGUUUUCUUCAUUAGAUAGUGACUUCCACGCAAGCUGACUUCUCCCCUGGCAUACUCCAACCUGAUUGGACAAAGGAGACCCUGUGGCCUGGGAGAGGGACUUAUUCUUAAUUUUUCUUUCUUACAAAAACUGAUUUUUCCCAUAAAUAUUUUUACUUCAGAGGACUAGGACCAGUUUGUUUUUGGGCCUUUCUGCUGAAAAUUUGUCUCGUUUAAGAGGCAGCUAGGAUCUUUACCAUAUGUAUGAAUUUGUAUAAUUUCAUUUUGAAUAGGGAUAAACUUUUGCAUCAGAUAAAAGCUCGGAAAUUCAUCUGGUUCCUCAGAGCAUUGCGUGUGUGUCUUGCUGUGGCCCUGAAAAGGUUUUGUUUAAAGAUUCUGGAAUGGCAAGUCGGUUGCCUUUUCUGAAAAAAGAAUAUACAAAACCUGACCAUCUGUAAGACCUUCAUCCAUGGAAACCACUAUACAAGAGAAUGCAGUGGGAUGGAGGGACGGGAGAGGAUGGGAGAGAAGCCUGGUGCUGGCUUCUGGUCAUGGUCUCCCCAUACCCUUUCCUUCAGAUAUAAAUGUAUUCAAGCCCUAUUUAUAAACCAAUACUCUUCCUGCCUCCACCAGCCCCCCCCCCCCCCCAACACCAUCUGGAAUUGCCAAUCACAUUUGGUCGGGAGCCAUUGGACCAUCCCUCCCUGUGCAAGAAGUGCUGUUUGGGUGGCUCCUGGUAGAGCACCUUUUCUUCCUGUUGUUAUUGCCUGAAGAGGCUGGAGUUGCUCUGAGAGCGGUUUGGUUUUGAAUGAUUAUAUUUGGUUUCUAUUUUUAUUAUUUUGGAUCACUAUUCUCCCUACCCCUUCUUGCCUCCCUCCCUCCUAAACAUGUACAAUAACUAUACAGAGACUGCUAUAAACUUGUAUAUAGUUUUUGGAUCAAAUAGCAUGAGGAGAUGGGGAACCAUUUAAAAUUGAGACUCCUGCUCUCCUUUGCUUUGUAAAUUCAAAAGUGGGGGGGGUGGGGGUGGGGAAGAAGAAUAGUUAAAAUGUUUACAAAACUUUAAGCUCCCUCGGAACUUUUGCCAGUGUGGAGGAAAAUAAAAAAGAACUUAAAUAAAA